GCCGCGAUUGGAUCAUCAGAUGCAAGUUCUUCUGCAAUGAUUGACUCCAUAUUGUGUUGGUCGAGAAACCUCGCAAUGCAGCCAUGUUUCUUCUUCAAAUAUCAGACUUGACACGAUCUCAGCUGGCAGGUCUUGAGGCGCACUCAGAAUGCCAAUCAGACUGACCAAGCUGCUGGGAGUCCCAGUUGGGGUGCGUUACGUAGUUGCGACCGCUUGUUGCGCAGAGCGCUGCUGCGAUUGUUUUCUGUGAGCAAAACGCGAGGAGAUCAUCUCAGGAUGCGAUUCACCUGGAUCGCGAAACAGCUCAUUCCCCCUAUCCCUUGCUUCAGAAUUGUUUUGUCCUUCCACCCACGCAGCUCUCCGCUCAAAGACGCUUCAAGGCUCUUCUUGAUCGCGCUCCAAGCAGUUACUCCGGCAGUCGCACCUUUUACACCUGUCAAAUGCUGCAGUGCCUCGAUAUCGCUUGUUGGACAAAACUACUCAUUCUUGCGAGAGACCGUCUGAGCCUGCUGUGCUAAACACCAUACUGGAGUCCAAUUUCUUGACGUCACCUGACAGCCACUCCUCAGGGUGCAACAGCAGCCUCGUCCCUUCGCAACUAGUCCACUGGAACGAAGGAUUUGCGAUGUGGAUAAUACCCGCACCUCCAGAGCAUGUAACGAGGUGUGGUUCGUGCUUGUCUGGUCACCCGUCGGUGCCAAAAUACUUCGGCUAGCCUGUAACCUCGAUAAUUGAGUAAUGUGGCGCUCAGGUGGAAUCGUACUCGGUGAGGUCCUGCGCCGAGGAUAGGGAGAGAGCUUUCUACGAAGUGGGUGCGUGGGUGAAGGCGCGGAUUGUCUCAGGACAGUACAAUUGAAAAGUACAGUUAGAGAUCAA